AUGGCCGACUUCUUCGACACGACCGCGGAUGUCGGCUCAGAGGAAGAGGAGGAGGAGGAAUUUGACGAGGAUGGCCAGCCAAUUCCUUCCAARCGCAAGUCAAAUCGCGCCGAUCUAGACGAUUCCAGUGAGGAAGAGGACGAGGACGAUGAUGAGGAAGCUGCGCGCAAGGUCCGUGAGGGCUUCAUCAUUGACGACGAUGACGAGGAUGAGGGCGAGGAAGCUCGCGCUGAGCGGCGACGCGRGAAAAAACGCCGGCGGGAGGAGGCACGCGAGGAGGAGGAGGCUCUGGAUGAUGAUGAUCUAGAUCUGAUUGGUAUGGGAGAUGGUGAAGAGCGCCAACCACCCCAGCAGAACAAGUUCAAGCGUCUAAAGCGUGGCCACCGCGAGGAUCGCGCCGGAAGUGAGUCUCGAGGGGUCGAAAACAUCUUUUCUGAUGAUGAGGACGGAGACGUCGGUGCGGGUCGGCGAGGCGCCUUCAACCAAUACCCCGACGACGGCAUGGACGACUUCAUCGAGCAAGAUGAGUUUCCGGAUGAGGAAGUGGGMAUGGACGAAGAUUUGGGUGUUCGGGCGCCUCGUAGGGCAGGAUACGAUGAGCUCAAGAGUCUGCAAGAGUCCGGCCUGGGCGAGGCGGAACUGGAAGACAUGAGGGCUGCAUUCGGCGAGGGCGAGGAAUUCAGCUGGGCACUGGAAGCCGAGAAGGAGCAUAUGGAGGAACAAGACGAUCCGGAUAAGCCCCUCGAGCUGAAGGAUGUCUUCGAACCGGCCCAGCUGGAGGAACGCAUGCUCACAGAUAAGGACAACCUCAUCCGCAUGACUGAUGUCCCCGAGAGGUUCCAAAUAGCGCGAGGGAGCUACAAAGACCUCUCCGACUUUACAGACGAGCAAAUGGCUGUACGAUCGGCUGAGGAGGCCAAGUGGAUCACCAGUAUUUUGUUCCCGCGAAAGCGCAUGGAUGCCAGGCUACAAGGACCCUUUGAGGCCGCUGUCAAGCAGGUUCUACACUUUAUGAAUGUGGAUGACUACGAGCCGGCUUUCAUCUUUCAGAAUCGCAAGGACUACCUCAUCCAUUCAGAACAGGCUCCUGCCGACGAUCCGGACGCAUCGAUCAAGGCUGAGAAAUUGCUCAACCAGACGGACCUUUGGGACGUCUUCGAGCAGGAUCUCAAAUUCCGUGCCUUUGCAGAGAAACGUGACGCCAUUCUCAAGAAUGUUGAAUCAAUCAAGGAGCUGGAAUCCGAGUUCGACGAUACCAUAUUUGACGAUUUGGUGCCCAGCGYGGCUCAGGUGGACGAGCUACAGGAUUUGCAGGAUUACCUCACCUUUCAGUACUCGGUACAGCUCAAGGACAUGAGCAUUGGCGAAGCGCAGACGAACGGGCCUCAAAAGCGUGCGCUUGGAGGACGGUCGCACUGGGACAAACUCCGCGCAGGCCCCGCAUAUCACUUCGUGCGAGCAUUUGGCAUUACAGCAGAUGCUAUUGCUAGGAAUGCUGAAGGCGCAAGCCGCCGGACAUACACUGAGGACACGGAUCAACGACCGGACGAUCUCGCUGACUCCCUGGUGCGAGAUCCUGACUACAAGACCGCGGAGGAGGUCAUCAAUGCGGCCAAGGCCAUGUUUGCCGAGGAAAUUGUCAUGAGCCCGCGCAUGCGGCGCCACAUGCGCAAGAUCUACUACCAAGAGCUCAGAUUCGAUUGCUACCGCACUGAAAAGGGCCUCAAGACGAUCAACGAGGAUCACGUUUACUACGAGUUCAAGUACCUGCGGAAUCAGGAGGUGCGCAACUUUCUGGUCGACAAGCCGGAACUCUUCCUCCGCAUGCUCAAGGCAGAGUCUGAAGGUCUUAUUGAAGUCCGCGUGAAAUUGCACAACGGACAGCGUGUCAAGGCCGAUCUGCAGAAAGCCAUCGAGUCCGAUAACUUUUCCGAGGUCGCUGAGGCCUGGAACGCGAUGCGGAAGGAGGUUCUUGACAUGGCACUGGGCAAACUUCAUCGCAUCAUUGCCAAGGGUGUCAAAGACAACCUGAAGAAUGAGUGCGAGAACAAGAUCGCCGGGUUUUGCCGGGACGCCUUCACCCAAAAACUUGACCAAGCGCCGUACAAACCAAAGGACAUGGAGCUUGGCACUUGCGCGCGGGUCCUUGCUUUGUCGAAUGGCGCAGGUAACCGCGGAGAUGCGAUAUGCUGGGCUCAUGUCGACGAAAAUGGCCGAGUGCUUGAGAAUGGCAACUUCACUGAGCUCCGCCUCGGCGGCGACAUGGUUGCCGACAGUAAAGACGUGGCUCGGUUCAUUGAGCUCGUGGAACGGAGAGCGCCAGAUGUGGUCGCUGUCGCUGGCUGGUCGGUUGAGACUCGUCGUUUGUACAAGGAUAUCCAGGACAUCAUUGACAAGAAGGAGCUCCACGUGACAGCAUACGAAGAUGAAAACGGGCAAGAAGUCAACGAUCUCCUGGACGUUGUCAUUCCUCAAGACGAGGUUGCACGACUCUACUACACCACCGAUCGGGCUGCGGCAGACCAUCCAGGAGUACCACCUCUCACCAGAUACUGCAUUGCCCUCGCACACUACAUGCAAAAUCCUCUCAAGGAGUAUGCGGCGCUCAAGAAGGACAUCACCUCCAUCACCUUUGAUCCCAACCAACGACUAUUGCCAGAGGACAAGCUCAUGCGAUAUCUUGAGACCUCUCUAGUCGACAUUGUAAAUCUCGUUGGUGUGGAUAUCAACGAGGCAUAUCAAGAUCCCGCCACGCAGAAUCUCCUUCCUUAUGUCUGCGGUCUUGGUCCACGAAAAGCAGCCCACUUGAUCAAAGCUAUCGGCGCUAACGGCGGCGAGGUAAUCAACAGAGAAGAUCUAGUGGGUGACAUUGAUCGUGGAAAGCGACAAGCCGUUGGGCCAAAGGUCUGGACAAAUUGUGCGAGUUUUCUGUACAUUUCCUGGGAGGAUGAACCCGAUGCCGAUUUCCUCGACAAUACGAGAAUCCAUCCAGAAGAUUACGAGAUCGCUCGCAAGAUGGCUGCUGAUGCCCUCGAGCUUGACGAAGAGGACAUCAAAGCAGAGACCGACGAGCAUGGUUUGAAUGCCGUUGUUCGAAAGCUUGUCAAGGAUGAGCAGCAAGACCGGGUCAACGACUUGGUUCUUGAGCAAUACGCCGGGCAACUGGAGGCGCAAUUCAGUCAAAAGAAACGAGCGACUCUCGAGACGAUCCGCGCCGAGCUUCAGAAUCCGUAUGAAGAGCUACGACGCAAUCUCUUUCCAUUGACUACCGACGAGCUGUUCACGAUGAUGACUGGUGAGACACGCGAUUCACUUCGAGACAAAAUGAUUGUGGCAGUCUCCGUCAAGCGCACAUUCCCAGAUCAUAUUGAAGUUAAACUUGAGUGUGGCAUUGACGGUGGCAUAUCCGAGACCGAAUUCCCUGAAGAGAUGGUCCAGAAUCACAGAGAGCCCAAGAGCGUGUGGUCCAUGCAUCAGACGAUUCAAGCGAAGAUUACUUUCAUCGAUCGCAAGAAGCUCACGGCGCAGUUGACCCUACGCGAAAACGAGAUGCGAACUCCGUACCGUCGUGAGUUCGACCACGGUUUCGACGAAUGGGACGAUGAGCAGGAGGAGCGCGAUAAGAAGGAAGCUCGCAAGGCCAUUGAGCAAAAGGUCGGCCGCCAGCAGAGAGUCAUCAAGCACCCUCUUUUCAAGCCUUUCAACUCUAUCCAGGCAGUUGGUGCCUUGAGGAAUCAAAGCCGCGGUGACUGUAUCAUCCGCCCCUCCUCCAAGGGACCAGAUCAUCUUGCUGUCACCUGGAAGAUCGCCAACGAUGUCUUCCAGCAUAUCGAUGUGCUGGAACUAGACAAGGAAAACGAGUUUAGCGUUGGACGGACACUGAAAGUUGCUGGCAAAUACACCUACAGCGAUCUCGAUGAGUUGAUUGUACUUCACGUGCAGGCAAUGUCGAAGAAGGUGGAUGAAAUGACCAACGACGAGCGCUUCCAGAGUGGCAAUAAGCAGCAGGCCGAACAAUGGUUGACCACAUACACGGCCGCCAACCCCAAGCGAGCCAUGUAUGCAUUCUGCAUCAAUCCCGAAUUUCCCGGCUACUUCUUCCUCUGCUUCAAGGCUGGGGAGAAUGCGCCACAUCAGAGUUGGUCCGUCAAGGUCAUUCCACAAGGGUUUGAGUUGAAGGGCAGCAAGUAUCCGGAUAUGAGAGCGCUGAAGAACGGGUUCAAGGUGCUAUUCCAGAACCAGCCGGCGGCAAAUGGUAGACGUUAG